CUCCAGGCACUGCUGCGGUAAACGCCCCCGGGAAAGCCACCGAGGGGUUUAUUAUUUCUUUUUUAGCACCGGGAGGUUCUAUUUCUGCUCAAUGGCCGCCAUCGCCGAGCUGUAACUCGGUUGUGGAGUCAUAUGACCCGGUGCUCAUUCCCGGGGCGUCUCCGGUGACAGACGGAGCGCCACCGCCAGCGCGCGCGCUCUCUCUCUCUCUGUCCGCCCCGCGCCGUGCACAGCCCGGCCGACGAUGCCAAACGCUGCCGCUCGCACUGGAUGUUACUGAAAUUAAGGUCCAGAAAGGGGACAGCCAUGCCGGAGGAAAAAGCGUUGGAACAGCAGACGGUGCACAGUCCGCUGGAGCAGAAGCAGAGUGGCUCCAUCCUGUGUCACACCUGUGCGGAGCCCUGCAAAGGAGAGGCACUGCGCGUCCAGAACAAACACUUCCACAUCAAAUGCUUCAUCUGUAAAGUGUGCGGCUGUGACCUGGCCCAGGGGGGGUUCUUCGUGCGGGAGGGAGACUACAUCUGCACCGUGGACUACCAGAAGCUGUAUGGGACGCGUUGCUUCAGCUGUGACCAGUUCAUCGAGGGGGAGGUGGUCUCUGCCCUGGGGAAGACCUACCACCCACGCUGCUUCGUGUGUGCCCUCUGCAAACAGCCCUUUCCCGCUGGUGACCGGGUGACCUUCAAUGGCAAGGAGUGCAUCUGCCAAAAGUGCACACAACCCCUUCCUCUAAACAGCCCGGCACCCAUCCAAGCCGUCCACAAUUGCUGUGGAUGUGGGAAGGAGUUUAAGAAUGAACAGUCCCUGGUGGCUUUGGACAAACACUGGCACCUUGGUUGCUUCAAGUGCCAGGUCUGCAACAAGGUGCUCAACGCCGAGUACAUCAGCAAGGAUGGAGUACCAUACUGUGAAAUGGACUACCACGCCAUGUAUGGAAUCCAGUGUGAGAGCUGCAAGAAGUACAUUACUGGGAAGGUGCUGGAGGCUGGUGACAAGCACUACCACCCAACAUGUGCACGCUGUGCUAGGUGUGACCAGAUGUUUGGAGAGGGAGAGGAGAUGUACCUGCAAGGUUCUUCCAUCUGGCAUCCACCCUGCAGGCAGGCGGCGAGGAUGGAGGAGAAGAGUAAGAAGCAGGUCCGGAUUCAGCUCAAUGGAGGCUCAGAGCAGGUGACCAGGAGCUCCUCUGAGAGCAUCACCUCCGCGCCAGCUUCCAGCGCGUCAGGCUCUCCGAGCAAGGUCAUUUAUGCAAAACUGGGUGACGAGUUCCUCGACUACAAGGACCUGGCAGCACUGCCGAAGAUCAAAGCCAUCUACAACAUCGACAGGCCAGACAUGCUGACGUACUCGCCCUACGUCAGCUACACUGCCGACGAGCGACAUCACGGAGAGUCACCCCAGUUACUUUCUCCCACUUCAACGGAGGGUGACGGGGACAAGUCGCCCAGGCAGAGGAGGCCAUCCAGCCCCAGCUCCAACAGCUCCCUGGGGGGGUAUGGGCGCUAUACCCCGUCCCGCUCGCCCCAGACCUACAGUCGUCCAGAGCCAUACACUGGAGGUCGCUACGUGACCAUUCCAGGGAACUCCUGCUCCUUGCAACCAUACUUGUCCACCGAGUGGUCCGGGCCGGUAAAGCAGGGCCCUGCCACCCUGCCGGCAUGUGAAGGGGCCGGCCAAAACACCCUCCAGGCCACCUCCCUGCCGCUCACCUCCACCACGCUGGCUACGCUACAGCACAACUACGUGCCCUACUUCAAAGGCUACAAGCAGGACCUCCUCCUGGAAAUUAAGCCUAGGAGCUCGCUGCAUCUCAGUUUGCCCGCUCACGGUAGUGAAAGUGGGCGGAGCACCCCCAGCUUAUCUGCAUAUUCAGACGGCAAAUCGCCCUCGUCCACAUACGUGCAGGCUCCCAGACAUUUCCACAUACCAGAAACUAUGGUCAAAGAUAAUAUCUAUAGGAAACCCCCUAUCUACAAACAGCAUGUGUCAAGGGCGUCCUGGCAAGAUGGGGACGAGGUGGACAGAAAGGCUGGUAAUACUCCAUCAAGGUCAUGCAACCGGCUACUUCCUGCACAAGUCCAGUUCUUUAACUGCUGUGCCACCUGCUGCUCAGCUGAUUUGUCAGCUGCUCUUCUCUCAUCUGCUAAUCUGCUCUGUAGGCGACUCAUUCACAUCAGUCAUGUGAAAAAGCACAUUGUUUAUCAUGCAUUUCCCCCGUUUGCAGAUUUCCCGUACAACAAGUCAGCCUCAUUGCCGGGUUAUGGCAGAAACGGGAUCUACAAGGCCUCUGACCUCGCUGAGGACAGCCCAGACCAGGACUCCAGCUGGGGCAUGAGAGAGUACAAGGUGUACCCCUACAACGUGCUGGCGGUGACAAACCGGGCCCGGGUGAAGCUGCCCAGGGACGUGGACAGGACCAGGCUGGAGCGCCACCUGUCUCCUGAAGACUUCCUUCAGGUCUUUGGGAUGACCAUCGAGCAGUUUGACCGCCUGGCUCUGUGGAAGAGGAAUGACAUGAAGAAGAAGGCGUACCUUUUUUAACAGCUUGGUUGCAAACAAAACAAAAAAUAAACAACAGCAGAGGAAAUGUCAAAGCACCACCGUGCUGUUUGGUGCCUCCUGUAGUAUGUAUAGGGAGGGGGUGCCCAAGGAGUCAUUCGAGGGCACGGAACGUUCUGGCAACGUUGCCUCUGCAUGGAAGCGGGCUUUCCUAGCCGCUUCUGUUUGCCGACAACGUUACAGAAACGUUUCUAGAUGACUGGGGGAUGCUGCAUUUGCAUGGCUGGCCGUCCCGUUCCAUCUCCCUCCUGUGUGAUUUCUGAACCUUGCUUUCUCGCUGUUCCUGGGCAGGAGCGAUGCCCAGGCCAUCAGCGGCCACUCUCAGCACGAAAACACGACGUGUGCAGCUUAAAUCCAUCAUUGUUACAACACUAGUUUAGCUUAGAGCAGUUGCAGACCAGAUAAACUGUAGGACAGCAUGCUGAGGCCAAAGAACUGGUCAGGAUGUCAGUUAUUCAGGGGUUAUUUUAUGCAAACGAUUCUCAAAGCACCUUAUGUUUGCUUCAUCGAGACCUUUUGAAUGAAUGUUGCAAGUUCACUUUUUUGCUAGGUAACCUAUCUGUGCAUGAGACUGGGCUCUUUCAUGCUAUUCUGGAGGCCUCAGAAUCAGUGAUGGGCAAAUGAAGCUUCAUGAACCAUUUGCUGUAGUUUUUGAACCCACUGGAUGGCGCUUUUGGUUUGCUUUGAGCCCUUUUAUGAACAGAGAGCACCAUCUAGUGGGGUCGGAAAAUACAGCGAAUGGUUCAUGAAGCUUCAUUUGGCCAUGACUACAGAAUCAAUUAAGCUGGAGAACGUGAAGGACAUUGAAUCACAGGGGAGUGAGUGACACACUUCCUGUCACAUGGCAGACCACCAGUCACAGGGAAGCCUUAACUUUGCAGUUGCCAGUGUUCACAGUCAAAUUCAAGGUGGUCACAAUUUGAAACCUAUGACUCAUAUUUUUUUAAGGCACUGGUGGUAAACGGUUUUCAUUCUUUAUGCCUAAAUUAUUUUUAUACUCUAUUUUUGUCUUCAGAAAAAGGUCAAUAUGACAGUGACAGCAAGUGAUUCAAUUGUGUAUCUAUUUCAUAAAGCCAAUAUUAGAUUUGUUUUUAGGUUGAUGCAUUUUGCUCACAAAGCAAUACAUGGUGUUCUGUUCCGUCCUGUUUAAGUUAUACAUUAUCAUCAUUCACAUAUUUUUUUCUGGUAGGGAUUAUCUUGUACAUAUUUCCCCUGCAACUGCCUAUAAUUUAAUAUAAACUGCCAGGCAGAAGGCAGAGAUUACAGUUAUAUUCACUAACACUGGAUGUUUCCAUUUUAACAAUGAAUAUUUUAGGGUCUGUAAUCUUGACAUGCUUAUUGUUGUAGAGUUUACAAUAAAUUUGGCCUUUCCAAGUAUUUGCAUGAAAGAGAGAUGGCGAUCUCUUCAAAGUUAUCCUCGUGGUGUUAUUUACUAAAGAAACGAUAAUACAGAAGUUUGCAUUACAUAUAUUUGUCUCCUGAUUUCGCAGUUUAAUUUAGGUAUGAAUUGUAAGACAGCUUUGCUUUGUGUCAGAUAAAACUGUAAUGGAGAGAAAGUAGAUACUGAAUUUGAGACAGAAUCUGGGGAAAUUGCUGCUGUUUAUGAUACUGUGGAGAAGUUGAACAGAUGGUGACGACGUCGUGUGGUUCUGCAUCACAUAUGAGCCUCCAUUUGCACUCCACCUGCCCCCCCCCCCCUCUCCCCCAACACACCUAUACAUGCUCAUACACUUUUUUGAUUUUUGGAAUCUUUUUCUUUAAACAUGAUCAGUUGUUGUCAUCUAAAACAGCCUUCGGAAUAAAGCUAUAACUCAUAAAGUAUUAAAGUGCAUUUCGGGCUGCUCGUGCAGGCUGACUGGGUGGGGUAUGAGGCGUUUUGCAUGCUGCCGUGUGGUGCUGCUGUAUCACGAUGACACAGAGGCAAAAUCUGCGUAGUGUGCGUCCACAUUCUCCAUCAGGGAAGCCUUAAUUGUCAUACCCUGUUAAAGUGUCUCUAGCGUUGCUGGAUUCCUGUGGGGCUGUGCUGUUUGAUCAGCUGUAGAGACAGAGGGCUGUCACUCCAUGCUAAGGCUGUAUGCCUGGCACAUUGCCAGACAGCCCCCUUCUUCCCUGACAGAAACUGCCUUCUCACCCAGAGACAACAGGCACCCCCUAGAGGAAGCCAAUUUAUAUUUCAGUGGACUAAGAAUCCCACGCGCUCCCCAACUGCAUAUUUUGUUUUUAUUGCUCUUUUAAAUCGGCUAUCCAAAACAAACAAUUCUUUAUAGUACUUUCCAGAAAGACAGCUGAGGAAUAUCCAUUGCUUUGUUUUUACAGAUUACCUGUUAGGUUGUAAGAUAAGUGAAUGGUAAAUUGGACAUUUUUGUAAUGUUUCUGUUAUUAGUUUACCGUAACACUGGUACACAUGGAAGCUUAGGGAGAGAUGAUGCUAGUUGCUAACAUUACCUGGAUUUUUAUAUUUUGCCACCAACUGCGAAUGAUUUUUCGCCUUAUUUUUCUCGAUAGUGACACGCAGCUUAGGUGACGUAAGGCUGUUGGCAGCACCGUGUACUUGUGUGUAAGUCCGUGACUGAGAAGAGGCCACGACAUCGCCCAGCGCUGUUUGUCGAUUUAAUGUAAAUGUGUGCCGAUAACCCUUCAAGUUCUGCUGUAACUAAGCCUUUUUUUUGUUUUUGCUUUGCUGGUUUGCUGAUGUCCAUCUUUAAAAUAAAUGUUUCAUUCAGUACG